AAUGGUAAAUUCCUCCUCUACACUAACCAGCAGAACCCUCACGUUUCCCACCUCAGAAAGGAUUUUUCUAGGGUUUUUGUGUUUGCCAAUCUCACUCUCCCUCAAAAGGAGGCAGCUUUCACCUUACCCAGCUGGAAAAAUGGAAAGUGUGAUCUCAAAAGCAAAGAGCAUAGGCUCCAUGAUGCCUUCCUUUACUUAGAGCACAUGGUUGGAAGGGGUCACAAGCCUGAUGCAACUCAAGCUACCAACUUGCUGUAUGAUUUCUGCAAAAUUAACAAGAUACGAAAAGCCGUUAGGGUUAUGGAAGUCAUGGUUAGUGCAGGAAAGACUCCUGAUUCUCCCACAUUUACAUUUUUGGUCAAUCAGCUGUGCAAGAGGGGGAAUGUUGGGUAUGCAAUGCAGUUGGUUGAUAAAAUGGAAGGUUAUGGAUGCCCACCGACCACCAUUACUUACAAUUCACUUAUAAGAGGACUGUGCAUGCAUGGAAAAUUACAGCUGAGCUUGCAGCUGAUGGAGAGAUUGAUUCAGAGGGGGCUGGCACCAAAUGCAUACACAUACUCUUUCUUGCUUGAAGCCGCUUACAAGGAAAGAGGGGUUGAUGAGGCUGUGAAGCUUUUGGAUGAGAUCAUUGAGAAGGGUGGAAAGCCUAACUUGGUUAGUUACAAUGUUCUGUUGACUGGGUUUUGCAAGGAAGGUAGAUUUGAUGAAGCAAUGAAAUAUUUUAGAGAUUUGCCCUCCAAAGGCUUUGAACCUAAUGUUGUAAGUUACAACAUUUUGCUGAGAAGUUUGUGCUAUGAGGGACACUGGAAGGAGGCUGAGAAGCUUUUGGCUGAAAUGGGUGAUAAUAAUUGUUUUCCAACAGUUAUCACCUAUAACAUAUUGAUUGGCGCAUUGGCAUACGAUGGCCGGACCGAACAAGCUCUCGAAAUUUUGAAUGAGAUGAUAGGGAAUGGCUUUAAGCCUGUGGCUUCUAGCUUUAAUCCAAUAAUUUCAAGGUAUUGUAAGGAUGGUAAGUUGUAUAUGGUGCAUAAGUGCCUUGAUAUGAUGACACAAAGGUAUUGUUCUCCUAAUGAAGGAACUUAUAAUGCAAUUGCAAUAUUGUGCGAGGAAGGAAUGGUAGAAGAGGCGUUCUCUAUUGUUAAGAGCUUGGGGAAUAAGGAGAAAACUUCCAUGCAUGAUUUCUACAGGAAUAUCAUAUCAUUCUUGUGUAAGAAGGGGAACACAUAUGCAGCAUUUCAACUUCUGAAUGAGAUGACAAAGAGCAGUUUUACUCCUGAUUCAUACACCAAUUCGUCCUUGAUUCGAGGCCUUUGUAUGGAAGGGAUGUUAGAUGAGGCGCUUGAGAUUUUUGAUGUUAUGGAGGAAAAUGAUUUCAAACCUGAUAUUGAGAAUUAUAAUGCGCUCAUACUUGGAUUGUGCAAGGCUGAGAGGACAGAUCUUUCAAUUGAUGUUUUUGUUUCAAUGAUUGAGAAGGGUUAUGUGCCAAAUGAAAUGACAUAUAUAAUCUUAGUUGAAGGGAUUGCUCAUGAAGAUGAAUCAGAUUUGGCUGGAGAUGUCUUAAAGGAGCUAUAUGCCAAGAAUGUUGUAUGCCAGGAUACUGUGGAGAGGAUCUCUAUGCAAUAUGCCUUGGAUUAGAUUUUGGCUGGAUUCUUGAUAAGAGGUGAAGCAGCUGAUGAUAUUUCAUGAAAGUAUGUCAGAAGUGAAAGUAAAGUUUAAAGGUAGCUUGAAUUUUUUAUCAGGUACUGAUUGCCAUCUUCAUAGUGACAAAUGAAAUAACAGAUUCCAUGUAAAUAGAUUCCUUCCUUUGCUAAGCUUGUUCUUACAAAUAUAUUUUCAGGAAGCAUCUAAGUUCAACAUAAAAUGCAUGUUCAGUUGUUAAAAUUCUAAACUUAAUAUAUGUGUACUGUAAAUGUAUCUAUAGGUGUGUAGGAGACAUUCUGCUGUGAGGCGGAAUUGGUUAGAGAGGAGUGGAGCAGGUGUAUAGUUAGUUACAGGUAGAAGUGGAGCUCUGCUCAUUCUCUUAUGCUUGAGCCAUAUGAUUAACUCCUCUUAAACUUAUGAUGCGGAACGUAGUGUAAGUUUGUCCCGGAGACUAGUAAAUCUGGAAUAAGGAAGAGACUUGGUGACAAUAUCUGCCGGUUGGUCUUAGGAGCUUAAGUAUAAGAAUUGAAUAGGGUCGGAGUGAAUGUGUUGGAAGAUCAUUUGAUAGUUUAUUUUGAUGUGUUUAGUGUGGGCGUGUAGUACUGGUUGUUUGCGAUUGCCAUUGCUGAAAUGUUGUCAUGGUAGAGAGGAAUGGAAUGUUGGAGGUUGAUUGGAAAAUCAGACAGUAAACGUUGAAGCCAUAGGAUGUCCACGGUUGCAAAUGCCAAAGCUCUGUAUUCGGCUUCUGCGGAAGAUAUAGCUUCGAUGGAUUGUUUAUUAGCACUCCAUGAGACGAGGGUGUUGUCGAAGUAAGAGCGAUAACUGGUGAUAAAUUUGUUAUCGUUGCAAUCUGAGGCCUAGUCAACGUCAGAGUGGUAGUGUAGAUGAAGAUUACCAAAGAGAUUAGUGAGACCGAUCUGUAGUGUACCAAGGUAGCAUAGAAGACGUUUGAGAAGUUGGUAGUGAUGGUCAAGGGGGUGGUGCAUUCAUUAGCUAAGGUGAUUCACGACAAAGGAAAGGUUUGGGCGAUUGAGGGUUAGGUACUCCAGAGAACUUAUCAGUUGGCCAUUAGUAAUGGAUUGGAAAGGGUGUAUGGGAUGUGGAUGCUAGGGGUAUUCGGGAUGGUAAGGGUGUGGACUUGGGUUUGCAUGAGGACAUGCCUGCUUUGAAUAGGAUGGCUUCAACAAGUUUGGGUUGUGUGAGAAGUUAGUUUUGAUGUGGUUUGGUGACCUGGAUCCCCAGGAAAUAGAAGAUGUUGUCGAGAGUCUUCAUGUUUAAGUGUUGUGCUAGGUUGGAGAGAAGAUGUUGAAUUCAGCUCUAUUGUUACCUG